AUGGCGACGUUACUGGAUGGUAAACCAAGAAAGCGAGUGAUUAGUUUCGACAUGGUCACCCUCGCCAUUGUCUUCGUGUUUACAGCAGGAACAGCAUCCGGCUUAUCCGUCACCACCAACACACCUGUAGUCCAAGUGCCAGAGAACUCAGCUGGGCCACACCCCAGAACGUUCUGUUACUUCAUGUUCUCUCUCUCUCUCUCUCAGAAAUUCCCGCGCGUGUCGAAGGCCGAUUCGGGGAAGUACUACUGUACGGCUCAGAAUGGCUUUGGAAGCCCGGCCAGCUGUGAUGCAGUGAUGAUGAUCGUGAAGGAUGUGAACACUGGCGGGAUCGUGGCUGGAGUGAUUGUAGCCCUCCUGUUCCUGCUGCUGCUGGGAUUUGGCCUGUGGUAUGCCUAUCGCAAGGGAUACCUGCCGAAAAAAUCUGAAAGGAAGCCCACGGUGUUGUACAGCCAGCCACCAGUGAACAUGGAUGAGAAAGAUGGGGAGUUCCGGCAGAAGUCUUCCUUCGUGGUGUGACGGGAUCACCCGAACAGCGGCGUCGGUUUCCCGAAACUGACAAGCUGCAUGAGACUAGACCCCAGCCCUGCACUUCCUGUGCACAUUUUAAUUUUGAGUUUGUUUUUACUGUAAUUUUCAUUUGCUUUUAAUAUUGCUUUUAUGAAUUUUGUGGGCCAUUUUUUCACCUUGAUGAACUACCGAUUUCUCCUUCCUGUUGCAUGGCUCAUGCUGUCAUGCUGGUGGCCCCUGCUGGACAGAGUCCAUGUGCUGUUCACUGGCAACACCCAGACCCCCUGAGUCAGUUCGGCCUGAACAGGCGUUCGGGGGAUCAGCGAGGUGCGCUCCGUCGCUCGCCCUGGGCUGAGGCUGUGAGCUCGGCCCGCAAGGCACUGCGCCCUCAGCUGUUUGCUGGAACCUUAACAUGGCCCCCCUGACAUAAUUCUAGGGGAAAGAAAUGUUUUUUCUGUGUUUUUCUUGCUGUCAAGCCCUCGUGGUUAAGAACUAGAAAUGUUCAAAAACACCAGAAAAACAUGGGUCUUUCCUGCUGACCUGGAGCUACUUUUUCUGUGAGAUGUGACCCUCCCCCACGGCGUGGAUGUUAUUCGAGUCUGGCGGAGGAGCUGUAAGAUAAUGUCUAUCUGUUUGUUACUUGUGUAGAUUACCAUGGAAACUGUGUAAAAUGUUCUGGUGCGAUGUGUGGGUGCUGCCCUGAGCUUCGGGCACAGUCCCCCGUCCUCCUGCCCCUCAGCAGGGUGAACGCUGGUCACUGUCUGUCCCACCCGCUGUCCUCGCGCUGCUCGGCUCUGCACGUCUGCCAGAGGCGCUGCAGAACAGACUCUCUCCUGGCGCCAGGCGGUGGCACAGGCAGUGGCCUGGGGGGGGCGAUGGUGAGCCAAGCUGGCACCAUCCAGGCGAGAGCUCCUGUUGAUGUGGGGUUUGUGAUGAGACAUUUUGUAAGAUAAAUGACUUUUAUUUGAUCUUGUAUAGGUAUUUUGUCUGUUCUUGCCUUAUUUGAAAAAAAUAAACUGAAACUGUUCCCUA